GAUGGAAUUUGUAUUUGUGGUCCUGGUGACUGGACCUUUUUUGGAACACCAUUAUUUUGGUCUUACUGAGAUUUACUGUCAGGGCCCAGGUCUGACAGAAUCUGUGCAUAAGAUCUAGGUGCUGCUGUAGGCCCUCCUUGGUUGGUGACAGAAGCACCAGAUCAUCAGCAAACAGCAGACAUUUGACUUCGGAUUCUAGUAAGGUGAGGCCGGGUGCUGCAGACCUUUCUAGUGCCCUCGCCAAUUCGUUGAUAUAUAUGUUGAAGAGGGUGGGGCUUAAGCUGCAUCCCUGUCUAACCCCACGACCCUGUGUGAAGAAAUGUGUGUGUUUUUUGCCAAUUUUAACCGCACACUUGUUGUUUGUGUACAUGGAUUUUAUAAUGUCGUAUGUUUUAUCCCCAACACCACUUUCCAUCAGUUUGUAUAGCAGACCCUCAUGCCAAAUUGAGUCGAAGGCUUUUUUGAAAUCAACAAAGCCUUUGUUUUGGUUUGUUUGGUUUGUCAAUUAGGGUGUGCAGGGUGAAUACAUGGUCUGUUGUACGGUAAUUUGGUAAAAAGCCAAUUUGACAUUUGCUCAGUACAUUGUUUUCAUUGAGGAAGUUUACAAGUCUGCUGUUAAUGAUGAUGCAGAGGAUUUUCCCAAGGUUACUGUUGACGCAUAUUCCACUGUAGUUAUUGGGGUCAAAUUUGUCUGCACUUUUGUGGAUUGGGGUGAUCAGUCUUUGGUUCCAAAUAUUGGGGAAGAUGCCAGAGCUGAGGAUGAUGUUGAAGAGUUUUAGUAUAGCCAGUUGGAAUUUGUUGUCUGUUUGAUCAUUUCAUUGAGGAUACCAUCACCACCACAGGCCUUUUUGGGUUGGAGGGUUUUUAUCUAGUCCUGUAACUCAUUCAAUGUAACUAAUUUCUCUCUCUCACACACACAAACAAGCACACACUCACUUUCCCCUCCUUCUGCUUGUCUUCAGUAGAAGAUGAACGGCCUGUCCAUUAGAGAGCUCUGCUGCCUGUUCUGCUGCCCUCCUUGCCCCAGCCGCAUCGCAGCCAAGCUGGCCUUCCUCCCUCCAGAGCCAACCUACUCCAUACUGCCUGACCCGGAGGCUACAGCUGCGGUAGCAGCUGGGACCAUGCCAGGGGGUGCUCCCCCCUCUCUGGAGGCUCCAGGCCUGCGCUCCCGGCUGGGUGGUGGUGCGGGAGACAGAGGUGGUGGUGGUGAAGGGGGAGGAGGUGGCGGAGAGGGCAGAGGUGGUGGUGGUGGAGGAGGUGGAGGAGAGGGCAGGUGGAAGCUUCAUCUGACAGAGAGGGCAGAGUUCCAGUACACUCAGAGAGAGCUGGACAUGACAGAUGUGUUCCUGACCAGGUCCAGCCGGGGGAACAGGGUGGGCUGCAUGUACAUCCGAUGUGCCCCCAACGCCAGGUUCACAGUGCUAUUCUCCCAUGGUAAUGCAGUAGAUUUGGGUCAGAUGAGUAGCUUCUACAUUGGCCUGGGCACUCGUAUCAACUGCAACAUCUUCUCCUACGACUACUCUGGCUACGGUGUCAGCACCGGCAAACCCUCAGAGAAGAACCUCUACGCUGACAUAGACGCUGCCUGGCACGCCCUGCGCUCGCGGUAUGGCAUCAGCCCAGAGAACAUCAUCCUGUAUGGGCAGAGUAUUGGCACAGUACCAACAGUGGACCUGGCAUCCAGGUUUGAGUGUGCUGCUGUGGUGCUCCACUCCCCUCUCACCUCUGGCAUGAGGGUGGCUUUCCCCGACACCAAGAAGACGUACUGCUUCGACGCCUUUCCCAACAUAGAGAAGGUGUCUAAGAUCCCAUCUCCGGUGCUGAUCAUCCACGGGACUGAGGACGAGGUGAUAGACUUCUCCCACGGCCUGGCUCUGUUUGAGCGCUGUCCCAAGGCCGUGGAGCCACUCUGGGUGGAGGGGGCGGGACACAACGACAUAGAGCUGUACAGCCAGUACCUGGAGAGACUACGGCGCUUCAUCAACCAAGACCUGGCUGCAGCACAUGCCUGAGUGAGGAGGUGAGGGUGUGUGUGUGUGUGAGGAGCUGUACAACAACAUCAAACUACAGCCUUAAGUCUGUAGAAAAGGAGCAUCCACUAUGCUGUAAAUCUGUCUGGCUGUGUGUCUGGCUGUGUGUCUGGCUGUGUGUCUGGCUGUGUGUCUGGCUGUGUGUCUGGCUGUGUGUCUGGCUGUGUGUCUGGCUGUGUGUCUGGCUGUGUGUCUGGUUGUGUGUCUGGCUGUGUGUCUGAUUGUGUGCAUUGACUCAUGGGAAUGAAGGAUCUUGAUAUGGCACCUGUCAGACGCCUGGAUACGUGUUCCUAGAGACUUCCUGAGGCAGAGCAUUUGUGCACUACGAACUGUCUUCUCUGUGUACGUGUAUGUAUGUACAACUCCCAGAGUUGAAGAUGCUCUCUGUAUGGACCUGAGCUGACAUCACUCCUCCCUGUGUCUGCAGUGGACAUCUGUCUGUCUACUUUUCUGUCUCUCUCCCUGUCUCUCUCCCUGUCUCUCUAAUAAUGAACAUUUCUCUCUGGAUUUCUUUCAACUAUCUUGUCCUAACUAAGGACUAGGGCGAAGAAUAGAACUGGCCUUUGAGAGUCUAAGAGAAAGUCUGCUCUCCUGUGUGUUUGUCUUUGGCUGUAGAAGGCAGCCAUUUGAACUUCUUCUGAGUUAAAGGUUAAAGGUUGUGAUAACUGAGUGAGAGUGGGGAAUGCAGGAUGUACUGUAGUAUUACUAUGACUAGUUGUUUGACUGUUGCCUGUCCAUGUUAUCUAAUAUGUCUGAAGUGAAAGGGUUGUGGAGACAUUGAUGUUUCUGAAAGCCUGAGAUGAACAUGGAGAGUCUGAUCCCAGAUCUGUUUAUGAUCACAAACCAAUCUUGAAUCAGGCAACAAAAACAUAUAUCUAGUUUGUUUUCUUCUGUAAGGAGACCUCUGUCUCUUGAUAGAUUCCUAAUAUGAAUGAACUAUAGUGGGAAAAACGUUUGAGAAAAUAAUGUUCAUUUAUAUCCAGUCUUCUCUGUGGCUCUUGAGACGGGUCCGUUGACUCAUGACGAUAGAGAGAGCAGGACAGUGGAUGGUGUCCGUGAGGCCGUCUCAACUGGCAUUUUCUGUUACAUUUGAUCGCACAUAUACACUAUAUAUACAAAAGUAUAUGGACACCCUCUCAUAAGUGGAUUCGUCUAUUUCAGCCACACCGGUUGCUGACGGGUGUAUAAUAUCAAGCACACAGCCAUGCACUCUCCAUAGAGAAACAUUGGCAGUAGAAUGGCCUUACUGAAGAGCAGUGACUUUCAAUGUGGCACCAUCAUAGGAUGCCAUCUUUACAACAAGCCAGUUCAUCAAAUUUCUGCCCAGCUAGAGCUGCCCCAGUCAACUGUAUUUGCUGUUAUUGUGAAGUGGACUCUGCUAGGAGCAAAGUUGUAGGCCAUACAAGCUCACGGAAUGGGACCGCUGAGUGCUGAAGUGCGUAAAAAUGGUCUGUCCUCAGUUGCAACACUCACUACUGAGUUCCAAACUGCCUCUGGAAGCAACAUCAGCACAGUAACUGUUCGUGGGGAGCUUCAUGAAAUGCGUUUUCAUGGCCAAGUAGCUGCAUACAAGCGUAAGAUCACCAUGCGCAAUGCCAAGUGUCGGCGGGAGUGGUGUCGCUGCCAUUGGACUCUGGAGUAGUGGAAACGCUUUCUCUGGCCUGCACAGAGCCCUGACCUCAAUCCCAUCGAACCCCUUUGGGAUGAAUUGGACCGCCAACUGCGAGCCAGGCCUAACUGCCCAACAUCAGUACCCUGCCUCACUAAUGCUCUUGUGGCUGAAUGAAAGCAAGUCCCCGCAGCAAUGUUCCAACUUCUAGUGGAAAGCCUUCCCAGAAGAGUGGAGGCUCUUAUAGCAGCAAACGGGGGACCAACUCCAUAUUAAUGUCCAUGAUUUUGGAAUGAGAUGUUCGACGAGCAGGUGUCCACAUACGUUUGGUCAUGUAGUGUAUGAAAUGGUUGUUCACUUUGCUGCUAUUCAACUGUCACUCACAUAUGACUAUUCCUGAGGACUAUUCCUCAUGAGAAAUAAAUGGUGUUUAUAGCAUCUUAUAAAUAUAACACUUUGACUGACUUUCUGAGAUCUGAAAGGAAUACAAAGUAAUUAAUUCACAUUUAUCCUCAAUCUUUAAUCGUGCAUUUCCCUCUCAAAGUAAUAAAAAUGUGUAUAGUGUAUAGCGGAGCCACAGAGUUCGUCAAAGUGUUAGAAAUGUUGAAUUUUAAUUGGGUUCCAUGUCAAUAGCAUGGAGCCAACAUGGAUGCCAGUUUCUUGAACUGAUGAUACAAUGUCUGGUGUAUAGGAGCUUUUCUAUGGUGGCAGUAUUGAUCCAAGCCAUAAACGAGCCUUUCACUGUUAGUGUGGUGCAGGUUCCACCACAUCAGUCCACACACACACACAGAGCAUGAUAAGCAGGUCUUAAGUUCAGCACUAUUGUACAAAGCAUCCAAAGUGUAGUUGAAAAUAUAAUGUUUGUGUCUCCUUUGCAUUGUUGACUACCUGCCCCCAGAAAGACCAGAAGCAAGGACUCUAGGAAUGACCUAGUCAUAGAAUACUGAAGUUACUGUCAGUUAAAGUAACUCUCUAUUGAGGGGACACUGAUUAAACAAUACAUAACACUGCAGUCAUCCUGGGUCAAAGUGGCACUUUGUAGGUGGCUGUUUUUCUAGGAUCAUUUUGAACAGGUAUCUAUUCCAUUUUCACAGUAUGCUGUGUGUCACCAGACCCACGGUGGUGGAAGUCCCUCAGGCUCCCGUGCCAGACUCUUCAGGGUUCUAGGCUGGUUAGGGUUCUAAACUCUCCUAAGAUACAAUGAGACUAGACCUGACUGUCAGUUGUCAUUACUGUACACUACUGUAUGGGUUCUUGCUAAGAAGGUCUCAAAAUAUAAUGGGGACUAAUUAACACAGUGGUUCAUUGAGACUGAAUAGAGAAUAGUCUCACUCACUAUGAUAAUGAAGUGAGGUAUCAAUAUUCUGACAACUUUAUGCAUGUCCAUUAUUUGUGUUUUGCUGGGCAAGUGUUGGGGUUAUGUAACGUAGUGUGUGUGAUGCCAGAGGGAAAAUGUCAACUCAAGGUAUCGUACAAUAUAGUGCUUUUUAAACGGGGGUAUAGAUUUAGUUGUUUUUUUAUUACUGAAACUAAUGUAUUGUUUUGACUUUUGUGCUAGUCUGGAUGGGGAAAGGCUGGGUGGGGAUAGAACAUGAGGGUGUGCUUUAUAUAUGGUUAUUGUAGUUACCUAUUCUGUUUCUAUUAUGAUUUGUAAUAUGAAAAAAAUGAAUGACAAUAUGAUGUAAUGUCAUUAAUUCAGGGGACUGAAUCUUGACCUUUUUAUUGACAAUGGGGGAAAAACAAUAAACAAUUAUGUACAAAAAUAUAAA